UUGUGAUGAGUUAAUUAAUGAACAUAUUAUCAAGCUUGGAUGCUUACGCAUAUAUCAAAAGUUAAAGUUUAAAUAAACGUAAAUUGAGAAAAAUAAUAUUUCUUUUUCGGCAUUGUUAAUUAAUUCAAAUUAAAAUUUGGUAAUGAAAGUAACUUCAUUUCUAUGCCAAACUUUUGCACAUUACACAUGCAAGUGAAAUUAUGUCGAAGUCCGAUUUUUUAUCAUGGGAUGACGAUUUAGACGACUUUGAACUAGCAUAUCUUCUUGGUGAUUAUACCGAUACUGAUAUUAAUGCUGAUUCUGCAUGCAAGAAGCCUAAAAAGGACAUUCAGUGUUCAGGAUAUAUGUGUCCCGAUUGCAAAAAAGUGUUAAAAACAAUCUCUGGCUUCCGUGGUCAUACAUCAAAACAACACGGAAAGAGCAAUUUGAAAGCUUUUCAACACAGAAUCCAAGAUGGUGAGGUCCUUCAAGACCAAAUUACUACUCCUCAAUCAGAUAAUAGUCAACUAUCUACAAUGACAGCAAUUACACUGGACUCGAUUUUCCAAUCUGCAUACACCAAUACUCUAAAAUGUAUUGAAGAGGACCCUAUGUACAAUAUUUUUGGCGAGUCCACAAUAGUUCAAAUUGCUAGAAGCAUUUCUGAUAGUGUUGAGGUAAAGACAUUUUUCUAUGACCUGUUCAGGGAGAUAUUCAACUCAAAUCCUAACCUAAGUUUGAAUCAUGACAGGGAGUUAUUUUUUACCAAGUUUCAUGCUUUAAGACUCAGUUCAUCAAUUGACAAAGGAUACACCGAUCACUUCAGUCAAAAUGGUUUUACAACUCUGGACAAUAAGAAUUUCAUUCAAAUAGUUAUGUUGGAAUUAAUUAACCAAUUGCUUACUCAACAAACAAUCCAAGAACAGAAAUCAUCUGAUAUAAAUCACUCAGAGCUCAGCGAGAAUGAUCAAAAUAUCUUGUACUACAUCUGUGGUUAUAUCAUUCGUGCAUGUGAAAAACGCUAUUCCAAGCUUAAAGGUGACCUUCGGUCAAUGAAGAUCAACUGCAUUGAGCAAGUUAAGUCAACAUCAACUACUAAUUCCUUUGUAAGCAAAUACAACAAAUGGACAGAGAAGAAAGACAGAGGUGGUUUGAUAAUGCCGUCAGACAACUUUUAUUUGUUGACCAGGGAAUUUGAAACAGUAGUAAGGAAGCACCUAGGAGACCAAGAACUAAAUGAUAAAUCCCUGCUACAUGAUAAAUUAAAAGAACUUAUUAUGGAAUCAUUUAUGGUGAAAUAUUAUUCUGAGCAGAUUUUUGUGGGUAUCGACUAUGACAGCUACGUUUUAAUCUUGGAGGACAUCAUUCACCUAUUUCUGACAAUCCGUGGAUUUUCUACUGCCAAAGUGAUUAGAAACAAAAUGAUAAAAGACAAAGUCACAUCAAAGAAGUCUUUGAGCCUAAGACAAGUUUUGAAGGAAAAACAUAACAAUUAA